CCCUCUUCCUACUGAUCCUUGAUGGUCCUUUGAGCGUUCCGGGUUCGCCCUUAUUCGUAAACGACAGUCAUGUUCACCAGCUUCUCCUCCUUUUUACCUUCUGUUCUCCAACCAAACCAUGAGCAACGGUCGCACCAAUCAUUUUCCACUCCAAAUCAAGACACUCCAGUAGAGCCAAGUGCUUAUCAGCAGCCAGUGGACUGCACUUCUGGUGACUCCAAGUUAAAGAAAAAAGACAAGAGGGAGAAACUUGUAAAUGAGACCUUCGUCAUCGUACGACCUCCACCGAGUAAAUCAAACCACCCACUCAACCUCCAGGUUCAACUUGUACCCCCACAAUCUCGUAAUGAUCGACCCCAUGCCACUAUCCAGGCUCUCGACCAGUCGGCCCCAGAUAUACCUGACUCCACCACUAGUUCCACUGAUCUUCGAAGGUCUCCUUCCGCUCUAUCAGAGACGUCUACGACGUCAGGUUACACCUCUGCAACCUCUGUAUCAUCAUUUGCUUCGUCAUCAGUGUCAACUACGAGCUCAGGACGUCGCAUGAUUAUUCCACUUUAUAAUCUUCAAGCUCACAAUGUCCUGACCAAUGUAAUCGUGGAUGCUGGCACUGAUGCCAAAGUGGCUAAGUUCGCAAAGAAGGGAUUGGAAAUACUUGGUCUGGCCGUCCUCGAACCUAUUGAAGUCUGGGGUAAUGCUGCGUUGCUAGGUGCUUUACCACCCAGUAGCAGCGCACGUACUAGCGUUGAUGAUUCCAAACGAGAACUAGGCUUGUUUCCUCGACCACGCACCCACUCAUCAAGCAGCAGGCCUGUUACGCCCGAUUUUUCCACCGCCGCCCUUUCGCCUUCUUCACACACAGAUAUCCCUCGUAAACCCAGCUUUACCUUUACCCCCGCUACCCCCGAAGAAACUAUAACCAGUAACGCACAGCCCCAGCGCGGAGGCGCUAAAAAGCUGUUCACCAAGAUGUUCAAGAAGAAAGACACUUCUCCCCGACCGUCUGCCGAGGUGCAGGGUUUGCUGAACAUAUCUCGUCUCUCGUCUCGCCGAUCGCAUGAUAUACCCCCUUCGAGUUCUCAAGUUGUCGAUGCACCUCGGUCUAAUGAUAAUCUCCUAUCCACCCCGUUGUCAGGAAUUUCGUCCACUCCCACACUUUGUCCUCCCGUCCUUGGUAUUCAACCUUCCCUUUAUCCCCCAAUAUCCCCACCCAAAGGCCGGCCCACAAAGUAUGUUUGGGUUGUCCGCAAAUGGCUGAAGGGCACAGAGAUGGGCCUUUUGAACGGAAUGAAGGGCAAAUUAAGUGUAAGUGGGCGCGGGGAUCUCGCUGGAGCAAGUAUUCCGCAAGUGGAGGUCCGUUUUGAGUGGUCGCGAGGACGGAAAAAGGAGAAGGAGCGGGGUAGGAAGUCCCGUGCUGAUAGGAGAUUACCGCCACAAGCCCCCGAGACCGGGAGUGUCAGCCGCCUCGGAAGCGCAGUUGCGACAUCUGAACCUCCAUCGUCAAAGUCGGUCCACAAAUCGCCGUCUCGUUCGCGCGACCUCCCAUCAGGUCUCGAUGCCUCGCCAACAAUUCACGGUCAAUCAAGGUUCUCGCAUCACAGCGCAAGCUCGGAGGCUAGCACCAGUAUUGAAAGUAGCGCCCACCGUGCGGACGAUUCUGGUGAUGACAGCGAACCCGAAGAUUCAGAGACACCUUGGACGUGUACACUCACGUUGCGACGCGUAGGUCAUCCGCCACCGGUGCAGGACUCCGCAGAGCAGGGAGACCAGGUCGUGCGACUAAAAGUUGCCACACUUUUACCGACCCCACACCAUCCCAAAGUCGUUGGACUCUUGAAAGUCCCCUUUCCGUUGCCAGACAUUGAAGUUGAGCACCUUGCGGUACACCGCCGUGUAAUUACCGCCCAGGGCGUCAACCGAACUGUCUCCAAUCCGGGCGAGUUCACACUCACAGCUGAAGAAAUCAAGGACUCGGUUUCAUCCACCGCUUUAUGGCUUGUCGUACGAGAGGCAUUCGGGGGUGUUGGUCGAGAGCGCAGAAAAGGCGACGGGUGGCGAAUCAGAGCCUGAUCGCUCCCGGCGCAGAGUAAUGCACAUUCACUGCGUCCUUGGCCCGCGACAAUUCUGCUCCGACUCCGAGUCAUUCCUACCUUAUCUAACUCGCAAUAUCUCCGCCGCCCCCCUCACAAGGCAUGAAUCUAUUUAUCUUCUUGAUUUUUUUCGCUACACAGGUGGUUAGUAAGUACGUCGCACUAAUGGAUUUCUGAAACGCCCUCUUCUUGGUCGCAUUUGACUCACUCCAACCUCAUCUUCACACCUUCGUUGUCACCUUUUCGUCACUAAUAGGAUACACUGAAGUCAUUGCAGUUUUGUAUAUACUUACUAUCUGAUAAAGACUUCACUCAGUACUGUACCUGAUUCCGAUUUAUGACAUCCCAUUACGACAACUUCAAUGAAUCAUGAUAAUUGUGGGCAAGCCACGAUUGGUUGCGCUCUAUGGAAAUUUGAUUUUUGAUCUCA